GCUCGCGUCCCGCGCACGUAGCUAGGGCCUGGGUGCCACGAGUCAGUGUGUUCACGCGGUGCCCGGGCCAGGGGCGGCCUGCGCUACCGAGGGUCGCACAUUACGAGAUUACGGGCUAUAGACAAACUGGGUUCUCGGAUGCACCGCGCUCCGAGGGUGCCCUAGCGCCCCCGCAGAAGAGUCCCGACCUGGUGGGGAGGAGAUGCUAAGGAUUGCAGCUGACGUCGGCAAGCCAAGAUGCUCAGGUGAGACAGCGCAUGCAACUUCACCUUUGGAGCCUGGGUUUUUCAUCUGUAGAAUGGACAUAAUCGAAGCUACUUCACAGGACUGUUAAGAAGAUUAAGUGAGACAAUGCUUGUAAAGCUCUUUGCACGAGGGAGUCCUGGAGACUGGGCCUGGCAGGUAGAGUGCACCUGCUGUCACCCGGGACCAUGGGCAGCAUGAAGACCCCCACGGAACUGGCCAUCAAUGGGAUGCAGACCCUCCACGAUCAGCACCGCUGCCAGGGCGGCUAUCGGGUUAAGGCCAGGCCAUCAUACGUGGAUGAGACUUUGUUUGGCAGUCCUUCGGGUACCCGGCCCACACCACCAGACUUUGACCCACCCUGGGUCAAGAAAGCCAACAGAACCAGAGGAGUGGGCACAGGGGCAUCACGGGCCUCAGAAGCCAAUAGAAGCUGUGACACCAUCUCCUCCAGGGGCAUCACCCAGACCCUCACACCCAGAAAAAAGAACAAAUACAGACUGAUCAGCCACACUCCUUCUUACUGUGAUGAGUUGCUAUUUGGCUUCCAACCAGAGGGAGUCAGCCGGGAGCCCCCACUGAUGGCGAAGGGGGAUGUUGCAAAACUUCACACCCUCUUCUGGACACCCCCAGCUACCCCUAGGGGCAGCCACUCGCCCUGCCCCAGGGAGACCCCACUGCGAGCCAUUCGCCCAGCUGGUCCCUCAAAGACAGAGCCCCGGGUGGCGGUGGACUCCUGGAAGUUGUCUGUGGAUGGGUUAGACUCUCCACACCCUCUGAGGCAGGGACGUUCCCAUUCCCUCACUCACCUGAAUUCCCCCACCACUGGUCUCACACCUACCAGUGCCCACCAUGUAAAUGGGCCUCGGGAUGCCAAGCCUUCCCCAUCAGGGGUGACCUUCCGGAGCCCCCUGGUAACGUCCAGGGCUUGCUCCAUCAGUGUUUCAGUGCCAGCCACACCUCGACAAGGUGGGGCCACCCAGAAACCAAAGCCCCCUUGGAAAUGAGGGACUUUGUUGGUCCUUUCAUCAAGUUUGCCCAUGGGGUCACAGCAGGGAUAGUUCAGAGGAAGCACUGGCUCCCCUCUGGGGAGCCCAGGAUCGCCUAGGUACCAGGCAUUGGCAAAGCACUUGUGGGUGCUGAUGCUGCAAGGUAGGCAGUGCCUCCCUAUAUUCUGACAACCUCUAGUUGCUUCCUGCUUUUACCCCCACUGACGUGGAUUUGAGGGGCAUGCCUUAAGAGGCCUGUCCCCAGUCUUGUCAGAGCCACAUGCCACAGUGACAGUGCCAACCCAGGGGUGCCCCCCACGGUGGGCCAUCACUGCCCCUGCCACUCCCAUGGCAUUGUGUUGCCGCCAGGAAUAAGUGGUAUGAUCACCAACCAGGAGGGCUCCAUCUUCCUUCCCUCAAGCCAAGCUUCCUGCUGGGCAUGAGUUUCCAGUUGAGACCGGAGGUGUCAGGAGUUUUCCCAGGCACAGUGUUGGACCACAAGAACCCACAAGUAUGCAGAACACAGGGUCUGGGUGAUGUGUUGGCAGAGUUUAACAUUUUAAUAGUCAUGUGUUUAUUUUCAUGUAUUAAAUGUAUCAGGAAUUCAUCAAA